AUGAGCGAUAUAAACGUAUACAUCACCUCAGACUUAACAUCUUCCGAGAGGAGGAUAUCUCCUCAAUGGGAUAUACAAUAUUUAAAGAAAAAAUUGGAGUUAAUCACUGGAAUUGCUCCUAAGGAUCAAACCAUACAACAUUAUGCUAUACCUUCAUCGAACGAGUUCAUCGUGAUUCUGGACGCUAAUAAGUAUUCUGCUGCAGAAGAUAGCACUAGCCAUGUUUCGGACUAUAAUGUUUUGCCGUUUAGUCGUCUUCACAUUCAUGAUAACAACCCUGAUUCUCAGUUAAAUCAAUUGCAAGGCGACGACGCUACAGAAGAAUUUAAGCUUUCGGAGGAAGAAUAUGCUAAAAGAACCGACUCGGUGUUACAUUGGAAAUCGACAAAUAAAUUGGGUAGAUUCGACCCGGAGUACGAGUUGCAAAAAGCAAGACAGCUUGAGGAAAAUUUAAAGAUAUCGUCUAGCUUGCACGUUGGGGAUAGAUGUCGUAUUAUAAAUAUCGAGGGAGAAAGAAGGGGAGCCAUAAAAUACGUCGGCAAGAUAAUGCUUUUGGACGAAGGAGAGAAUGUAUGGGUUGGAAUCGAAUUUGACGAGCCCGUGGGCAAGAAUAACGGGCUGAUUCUGGGAACCAAGAUCUUCGAAUGCAGAGAAAAUCACGGGAGUUUUGUCAAACCUAAACAGGUUGAAGUCGGUGAUUUCCCAGAGCUAGAUCCAUUCGCAAGUGACGAUGACGAUGACGAAAUUUAG